UCUCUCUCUCUCACUCACUCACUCACUCACUCUCUCACUCUCUCUCUUUCUCGGACCUGGCACUGAACUCUGAGCAGACAGAUGGACGGAAGAACAGAAAACACUCCUAUGAAAUGAAAAGUGAGUUCUCUGCCGGAAGGCCUGCGUGCGUUACAAACCCACGACAGAGGAGAGAGGAAGACGGGGGAACUGACACAAAACUAGGGUGAGAAGAGGAAAGAGGCACAAACAAGGAGAGAGGAAAUACCAAAAGAGAGAGGGGAACAAGGCUCCCGCUGGUCCCAGCUCAGGGAGCAGUGCACAAGCUGUGAUAAUGACCACAACGAUGAUGAUGAUGACAGUAAUGAUGAUGCUGAGGGUGAUUGUGAUGAUGAAGAGCGUGCCAGGCGUUGCAGCCUCAGUGCCGGGCGCUGAGGCGAAGGUGAGGCCCGGGGUUGAGCCCUGCUCGGCCAACAGCACCCAACACUCCUGCCACUGUGUGGGCAGCCGGGUCACUGAGAUACCCUCCAACAUCCCCAGCAACACCCAGUACCUGGAACUUAAACAGACACAGCUCAGAGUGAUUCCCAAGGCCGCUCUCACCAGCCUGCUGCACCUCAGGAGACUUGUCAUAUCAGAGAACGGCAUGCUGGAGAAUAUCAGCGCGUUUGCCUUCGCUAACCUCCCUGAGCUCACUAUGAUUUUCAUCUCCGAGAACGGUGUGUUGGAGGGUAUCGGCGCUUUUGCCUUCUCUAAUCUCCCUGAGCUCACUGACAUAACCAUAACUAAGUCCAAACACCUGCGAUACAUCCACCCAGACGCCUUCGUUGGCCUCGUGAGGCUGCAGUACCUGACCAUUUCCAACACUGGACUGACCAUUUUCCCAAACUUCACCAAGAUCCACUCCACUGCCCUUGGCUUUCUGCUUGACCUGCACGAGAACAGCCACAUAGACAGAGUCCCAGCCAACGCCUUCAGAGGGCUCUGCACCCAAACUAUCACUGAGAUACGGCUGAACAGAAAUGGAAUCAAGGAGGUGGAAAGUGCCGCUUUCAAUGGCACCAAGAUGUACCGAUUGUUUUUGACGAGCAACGAGCAGCUUACUCACAUAAGUCCCAACGCCUUUGUGGGUUCCAGUGGGCUGGUGGUGCUGGACAUUUCCGGCACAAAGCUGAGCUCCCUGCCAGAGUCCAUCCUGGGAGAACUCCAGCGGCUGAUUGCAGAGAAGGCCACCCAUCUGAAAACGCUCCCUCCUCUGCAGCUUUUCACCAAGCUGCACCAAGCUGCGCUCACCUACCCCUCACACUGCUGCGCCUUCCGCAACAUCCACAGGAACAGGUCCAAGUGGAGCGACCUGUGCUCCCACCCCAAGGCUCAGGACAGCCCGGACUUCUACAGAGACUACUGCUCCAACUCCACCUCCAUCACCUGCAGCCCCACCCCCGAUGCCUUUAACCCCUGUGAGGACAUCAUGGCCGGCAUCCCCCUGCGGGUCCUCAUCUGGAUCAUCUCUGUCCUCGCACUGCUCGGGAACUCAGCCGUGCUUUUUGUCUUAUUAGGCAGCCGAGCCAAGCUGACAGUUCCCCGUUUCCUCAUGUGCCACUUGGCAUUUGCUGACCUCUUCAUGGGUAUAUACCUGGUCGUCAUAGCAACUGUAGACAUGCUCACUCGUGGCUGCUACUACAACCACGCUAUCGACUGGCAGACUGGCCUGGGCUGCAGCAUUGCAGGCUUCUUCACGGUGUUUGCCAGUGAGCUGUCAGUCUUUACACUAACUGCCAUCACCCUGGAGCGCUGGCACACCAUCACACACGCUCUGCGCCUCGACCGUAAACUCCGCCUCCGACACGCCUGUAUUGUCAUGGCAGCAGGCUGGGCCUUCUGCUGCCUGGCUGCUCUGCUUCCCACAGUGGGGGUCAGCAGCUACAGCAAGGUGAGUAUCUGCUUGCCCAUGGACGUGGAGACUCCCUUGUCUCAGGUCUAUGUGGUGUCACUCCUCCUCCUCAAUGUGCUGGCCUUCUUCUGUGUGUGCGGCUGUUACCUCAGCAUCUACCUGACCGUCCGCAACCCCUCGUCAGCCCCGGCCCACGCCGACACCCACGUGGCCCAGCGCAUGGCCGUGCUCAUCUUCACCGACUUCGUCUGCAUGGCUCCCAUCUCCUUCUUCGCCAUCUCAGCCGCCCUCAAGCUCCCUCUCAUCACCGUCUCCCACGCCAAAAUCCUACUGGUGCUCUUCUACCCGAUCAAUUCCUGCUCCAACCCCUUCCUAUACGCCUUCUGCACACGCACCUUCCGCCGGGACUUUUUUCUCUUUGCAGCACGUUUUGGGCUCUUUAAGAUGCGGGCACAGAUUUACCGGACAGAGAGUUCCUCCUGCCAGCAGUCGGCAUGGACCUCCCAUAAGAGCAGCCAUGGGACGCUGUACUCUCUGGCCAAUAUCAGCCACUGAUCCCUGACCUCUGACCUCUGGCCCACAACAACACAAGGCAUUGGUGACCAGCAUCAUUCUGAAACUUUGGGACCCAUGGGUGAACUUUAACCAUGUAGCAGUCGAACUACACUAGGACUCAUGAGCCAACUAAUUCUUUGUGUCUUUCAAUCUGCUUGGAGUGCCAGCUGGGUUUACUUCCUAAACACAACUUGGAUAAUGUCAUGUAAUUUGUCAAUCACACAACAAAUUCACUUUCAGGCACUGUCCUAUGUAUCAAACCCCACCCAACUCACACUCCAAGCAAAAUCAAACAUACAAACACAGACAUUAUGAUCAAGUGAGGUCAAUAAGAAGCACACAACUGUGACCUGCUGAUUAAUACACAUAUGCACACAUGCACUGUCUCCUGCAGCUCUACACAUGUCUAAAUCUCCUUUUGUCUCUGAUGUCUUCUUUCUCAAAUGAAUGAAACGUAAUUAUUCUAUUUUUUCUAAAAAAAAAAAAAAAAAAAAAAAAAAAAA